CACACGCGCGCGCGCGCGCACAUUCACAGGCACACAUUACACCCCCAGGUAAAGCUGAUAGUUCAUUUCGAGGAACCCGUGUUGGGCUGUGCGGGACACACUCACCCGAAAUUUCCGGAGCUCUAGCUGCUGAAGUUUUAUCUUAAGGUGGUUACUGAGGCUAGGUUUUAUUGAAAGGAAAAAAAUGUGCAACGUGUUCCGAGCUGCCUCGAUCUGGAUCAAGGUCGCCCUUGUAAGCUUUGCCGUUGGCUUGCUCUUGUUUGUGAUUGGCUUCGCCACGACUGGCUGGAUGGUGUAUCCUAGUGGCAGUAAUGGCUUGUGGCAGACUUACACCUGUACUCGCGGAGGAUGCGGAACAUAUACCUUCUUCACCAACAACUCGUACCACCAGGCAAUUCAAGCCAUGGAGUGUCUUGGUCUGAUUGGCUUUUUCCUGGCAUUGCUGUUUCUCUUUCUCUAUGUCUUCGCCAACUCAUGCAGACGCCGAGACAUUCUUCAAGCUGUUACAGCACUGGCUUUUGCUGGACUUGCCUUUGCCUGCAUAGGAUUCGCCAUAUUCGGAUCCUCGACCAAUAUUGAAAAUCACAGAGGAUAUGGUGGUCAAGUGGGCUGGUCAAUGGGGUUAGCUAUAGGAGGGGCAAUUCUGUACGCCAUUGGAGGGAUCAUGCUCAUCGUCCAACAGAUACGCUAAAUGAAUUCUUCGCCCCUCCCAAUGACAGUGUCAUAAGUUGAAACCAACAAUUGGCCUACUUUUUGUUUUAUUGUCACCAACCAGGGUUUUCAUUUACAUGCAUAUAGUUUAGAUACAAAUAUUUACACAGGGAUAGCAUUUUUUUAACCCAGGAAAAAAAUAAUUUUUGAUUUUUAAAAAUAAUUUGUAAUAUAUGAGGCCUUUUAAACUAAAUAAUAUUGAUGACAUAUACGGAUAUUGUGUCUCUAUUAUAGUGUUUGAAGCGAAGCAUAUUAUACCAUUUCUCAAAUAAAGCCAUGCUUUUUCCUUUCUACCUUUUUGUAAACCACAACAUUUAGACUCUCUCAUUUGCCGUUUAAUAUUCGGAUUAUUAGGAUGUACGAAGAUGAAAUUAACAGCCUAUAGUUAUAAGCCCUUGCCUAAGAACUAUUAGAGAGAUUUGUUAAGCCAACUCUUCUGAUCUACGACUAAUACGAAUCCACACCCAGUUUAAACUAUAUUGCCUUGCUCAAGAUUAUUCGUGUAUCAGCUAUGCAUGUAGUACAUAGAUCAUUAAACAAUGUCCUUAGUAGUACAUCUACAAUAGUUGAACCUCGUAUUGCAUAGGCUUCUUCACAAGGGAGAUUACUUUGGAAUAUAUUAAAAUGAGUUAAUAAUCAAAGGGAAAUAAACAAGUUAUAUCUAAACUUUAAAAGAACAAAAAGAGACAAUGAGUGGUUUUAGUAAGUCCGGAUAAGGGGAAACAAAUUUGUUGUCUACAUUAAUCUAAAGAAAGUUUGUUGUAGAAUUUUAUUUCAUUUAUUUUAUGAACAGACAUUCUUUGGACAUUGCAGGCUAUCGUCUCGCUAUCUUCAUACAUGGACUUUAAACAAACAAAGCUGAUUGUAAGAAAUGGAUCUAUAAACUUUCAACAUGAUUUCCAAAUCAAAACGCAGUAAAAAGCCCAUUACAUUUCCUAUAAUGAAGAACAGGACUACAUAUAACGAUAAGGGAACAAACAUUUCGUUUAGGAUCUCCCAUCUCGUAAUCUGUAGAUCAUUUCUAGGCCAACUUCAUCAGUGUUUUAAAAUUAACACUGGCUUCAGAGGGCCGUUUUUAAACUUAAACUAGGUCGAAUAACUUUGUAGGUCUCCCAGCAGAAAGGUAAACAGUUCAAAUUGCCAAGAGACUUACAGCUCAAAUUGCAUGUUGCCCAACCAGUAAAAUCGUCUUUAAAUAUCUAGUUUAAAUUGCCUGUAGGCCUACAAGUCAAAUUAAAAUUACAUAUAGACUUAAGUUUCAUUUUGCUUAAAAGCUUAUCAAUCAAAUGACAUAUAAGCAUCAAAGUCGAGUUGCGUGCAAGCCUCUGAGACAAAUAGCAGAGACCUACAAGUUAAAUUACCUUCAGAUCCACAAGUUAAACUACCUUUAGAUCCACAAGUUAAAUGACCUUUAGAUCCACAAGUUAAAUUACCUUUAGAGCCACAAGUUAAAUUACCUUUAGAUCCACAAGUUAAAUGACCUUUAGAUCAACAAAUUAAAUUACCUUUAGAUCCACAAGUUAAAUUACCUUUAGAUCCACAAGUUAAAUUACCUUUAGAGCCACAAGUUAAAUUACCUUUAGAUCCACAAGUUAAAUUACCUUUAGAUCAACAAGUAAGAUUGGCCUUAAAGGACUGAAAGUGAAACUCAAAUAUGUGAAACAUUAAGACGCUUUCUUACUUUCUAUCACAUCUACACUGCAUUUUGGUCACAGUCGAACUCUUAUGCGCUAGAAAACAUUUACACAUCGACGUGCGGGCCCACAUUAAGGUUGCUAUCUUUCAGGCAGUACCCAGGCUUUGUAUGUGAAAGUCGAGAUGUAGAUCUAACACAUUCGUGUUGUGCAGAUUUAGAAGAAACAAAUAGCAGUUGAAAUGUUUAGAUUUGUGAAACACGGGGAAAUGGGGGGGGGGGGGUGCAUGACUUAUCAUACAGGCCUAACAUACAUUAAAUGAACACAUUAUUUGUAUUGGUGCAUUACUUAUCAUAUAGUCUGACAUACAUUAAAUGAACACAUUAUAUUUAUUUGAAUGUAUCAUUUUGAAGAAAAAACAAAUCAAAUCCCAUAUUUUAUUUAAUUUCACAUUUGAUUUGUACAUUUUGAUGACUUAUUUGUGUAUGAGUUUCUGCUUUAUAGUCAGGGGUCGGCAAAAUGUGGUCGCUUGCCAGGCGUGACACGCGCAACAAUAUUUUUAAUGCUGAAAUUGCAAAUUACUAGCCCAUUGUGAGUUUGUGAAACAUGUAUUAUAAAAUAAUAUUUUAAUUUGAUACCAACAGUUUGCUGACUCCUUCCCACUCCUGACAUCUAACAUAUCUAUAUCUUGCUAACAUUUGCUUAAUAGUCAUCUAUUUACACAACUAUUUUGUGAUUUGUUGUCACGACAUUAUAUCUUCAAAUAAUUUUGCUAUCAAAGCUUGGACUCUGGAAGAAUAAUUGAUUGUCUGUCUAAUUAGCAUGACCAGUGUAUAUAGUCAUUACUGGCAUAGUAGCUCACAUAUUUAAAUCGACAUCCUUUUCUCUUUCUCUGUCUCUCUGUUUAUAUAUAUAUCCAUUAUAACGUAAAUAUUAUUUUUUCAUUAUGCAAAAUGGAUCUAUCAAUAUAUAAUUAGUUUUUGGAUAUUAAAACUAUUUUUUUGUUUCUAUAUUUAGUAGCAUGUACUUGUAUUGAUGAAUAGUAUUGAGUCAAUAGUAAAUAUAGCACUGAAGCAGGGGCGUAGCUAGGAAUUUUCCCUGACCUCUUUGGGGGCCCCUGCAUUUUACAUAAUUUUUUUUAUUUUAAAUGUAGGAAACACUCAUUUUGGGGCCACCCUCAAGUGGGGGCCCGGGGGGAUUUUAAAAUUUUCCCCCUCCUCCCCCCACCCUAGCUACGCCCCUGAACUGAAGUGAUAGGUCCACCUAGCCAAAUUAGGAGAGGUACUUCCUUGGUGUUUGCUCGAAGUUGCCUCUUUUAAAAAAAAUUUUAGUGUUUCCACAAGAAGCUAAAAUCUCUAGAUCUAGGACUAGAUUCCACCUUUAAAAAUGUCAACAUUUCUGAAAUAAGAGCUGGCGAUCCCAGCUACAACAUCACUUGCACUGCCAUAUCUUACAGAUACCUAAUUCAAGAAUUAAUAUUUUAUGACCUUAGCAACGUAGAAACAUAUUUGCAGUGGCCUUAUAGGCCUACAACUUGCAGCAAUGUUUAAUACAUAGUCCUGAAACAGUAAAUAGGAAUCUAUUUAGACAUGUUUGUUUCAAUAGCUAGGUAAUUUUUGUUUUGGUCAUGGAUUGUUGAAUCUUUACUUCAUCUCUUUACAUCUGCGACUGUGAAAGUGUGUGACACAUUAAAUUAUUAUCUUCUGAAAGAAAAAAAAUGAUUUUUUUGUUUGUUAUUUCAUUUUAAAAAUUAAUAAGAGAGACAAUUGUAGAAACAAAAAGAAAUUGAAAUAUGGAAUAAGAGAGGAUGAAAAUAAAAUUAAGAGAGAGGAAAAAAGAGAGAGGGGGAAGAGAGAUAGAGAGAGAAAGAAAAAAGAGGAAAAGAGAGAGAGAGAGUGAGAAAGAGCGAACGAAAAGCGUUAUCGGAGAGAAAAAUGAAACAAUUACCACCAACCGGCUGUAGUUCGCCUGCCUCUCGAGCGCGGGAAAUCUCUGGUAUAAAUAUCGUCUUCAGAACAGACGACCAAUCAUCGACUUGGGAGGUUCUUUUCUUCUUUUUAUAGACCUUUCAAAACUUUAGCAGCCAAAAGAAUUCAAUUGAACCUCAAAGCAGAAAUAAACUUAUACAACAAAAGUUUGCUUUAUACAUUUAUACUUUAGGCUAAAAAAAAAGAGGUUAGAGGUCGAAUACAAGUAUAAAUCAGACAAUUUCUAAGGAAAAAAAAUUAGAAAA